AAGAACAGGAAAAGCGUUGCCAUAGAAAUGUCGAUUUGUGUAUUUGAAGCGAAGUCAUACUUUCAUUUAAAUUUAAAUUUGAUCAAAUCUCGUUUGUUACUUAGUAAUAAUUUUUCGUAAAUUAUGACUUCAUUGUGGUUUUUAGUAUAGUUUUUAGGUUACAUACGUUUCUGACUUAAUAAUACUAAAAGGAAUUUGCUACUAUGUCUUUUGAAGGAUCUAAAAAGGAAUUAGCCACUGAGUUGGUGACAGAUGAUGCCAGUAAUCUACAAGGUGAUUCUGCAGAAGCACCAAAAGAAAAUGAACUUCCUACUAGUGAAAAUGUUGGCAGUAACAAUUCUAAAGGAAAACUGACACCUUUUCAUCCCCAUUGGUCUUUUGGCUUUAACAAACGGAUGCCAGUUGUAAACUUGACUAACUGCCAUCAUAACGUCAUAUUUUACACAAGUAGCCAUCUGGGUGUUUUAUAUGACUACAGUACUAAAGAAAUGGAAUUGCUGCAAGGCCAUCAAAAUGCAGUGACCUCCAUUUCUGCAGAUGUUUCAGGAAGGUGGCUAGCGACCGCAGACAAUGGUCCUGAUAAUGUUGUGAUCGUGUGGGACGUUAAUCGCCGUUUGCCAAUACACACGCUGUUCACCCCGCACCCUGAAGCUGGUAUUCAGCUGGUGGGUCUCAGUCCGUGUGCCAGGUUCCUGGUCACCGUCAGCAACACGUCUCAACCGACUGUCUCCAUCUGGUUGUGGUCUGCUGGGAAGGACAUUCCAGAUGGAACAUGUGUGCUAGAUGCUGGUCUUGGUGAUAUACAAAGAAUUACUUUCAAUGAGAAUAAAACUACUAUGUUUAUUUUAACUACAGAAAAACAAGUUAUUUUUGUUUCAUUGGAAAAUGAAAACUUGAUUGCCCACAUUCCCGAAGCUAGAAUGACAAAGCAUUUGGGAUCUUACUCGGAAUCUGUAUAUCAGCCAUGUACCCACCAAGCUUUAACAGCUACUUCUCAAGGUUAUGUUAUUGUUUGGAGUACUCAGAAAUAUACUGCUACAUACAACCUAAAACAUGAUUCAAAUGUUAAAAAUUAUGUUAAAGCGAUCCGACUUCAAGAAGAAUCCAUCACCGUUUUAACUUCAGUUGAUAUGUAUGUUGUAACAGGUGACACACGGGGCCGCAUUAAAUUUUACGACAGAAUUCUGAGAAUUUUAUUCUGGUGGCAGAACUUCUGCUUGGACAGUCUGGUUUCCAUCAGCUUCCAUCUGAACGACACCGAGCUUGAUGCAGGAGAUCACGCAUCAGUGUCUGUUGUGACGGACACUCAUCUUACAGUUGAUGAUGCAACACAAAGUCCAGGAGAAAGUGCCACUGAAGAAGAUGAGGAUCGGUCAGAAGAAUAUGAUAUGAUUUACAGAAGUAUAAUUCCGAAAGAUUUAUCUUUGCAAAGAAAGGAUUUCUUUGUUAGGGAUUUUGUAGUGUCUACUGAGAGUGGUCACAUUAGUCUCAUCACCUUCUGUGACAGCAGUCAACAUAUUAUAAUGCAUGGCUCUGAGCAACACAUUUCUGCAAUGGACGUUCAUCCUGAAUUACCUCAUUUAUGCUUGGGCAACAAAGCUGGCAGAGUUUGGAUGUACAAUUAUGAAAACAAGCAUUUGCUGAUUUCACAAAAUAUUCCCAACAAUGAAAAAAAAGUAGGGGUGCAGUGCUUGAAAUUUGGCCACAGUGGUCUGUUCUUGGUUUGUGGUAUGGAAGAUGGCAGUUUGUGGUUUUUGGAUCCUUUGUUGCUUACACCGAUUGUAGAUGCCCCAUUCCAGAACACCAAAGCGGCAAUUACAAAAAUAUGCAUAUCUAAAGAUAGUUUAUUCGUGGCCCAUAAAGAUGAAAGUAUGUGUGUGUCUCUGUACCACUGCGAAGACCAAAUUCAUCACAAGUGGCAGUACUAUGGAAAACAGCGCUCUCAUUACAAGCCUAUCAGAGAUAUACUGUUUAGUGAGCAGUGUGAUAAUAAUUUGUUGUUUUCCUUGGGUGAAGACAGGACUCUGGUGGAAUAUGAUUUACUUCUCAGUGCACAAAACACACUAAAAAUAAAGAACAUAGAAAGGAUUGAGCAGAGCGCAAUCCCUUUGUGCCUUGCCUGGUAUCCUGGAGUCACCGCUUCAGAAGAAUUUUUUAUAACUGCAAAUGAUCAGUACAAAUACAAAAUCUUACCACUUACAACAAAAAUGUGCAACAAAACUGCAACGUGUCCACUUCUUGGCUCACCAGUAUCUCUGCUACAGAUGCUGCACCUGAAUUCUCCACAUGAACUCAAGAAGUACAUGAUGUUUGCUACAGACACACACAUUGGUAUUCAGAUGUUGCCAGUUGAUGGCAAUCCUUACAAAGCAUUGGCUAUGGUUGCCCAUCCCUGUAAGAUAUCAAGUAUAUUGUGUGCUCCUGACAACAAGUCUGUAUUUUCUCUUGGCUGUUGCGAUUUCAGUCUGCUAAUGUGGACAAUUAAUAUCAGCUCUGUGGAAGUGAUGUUUCAAAUCGGCGGAGAAGGCCUGGAGCCGUAUCACUGCCUCAUUGAAGGAGGGCAGUCUGGCUGGUUGUUCAACGAGAUGAAAGACCUGUUUUACUACUCACAAAUACUGCACUUUGGAGAGAACAAGAAGACAGAGAGACAGGUUUCCCGAUCCAUCCCGUUGAGUGUGCUGCCAGACUUGAUGAGAGCCGUGGGCUACUAUCCCAGCGAGUAUGAGGUGGAGAAUAUGAUCCACGAGGUGAAGUAUGCAGACUUUGCACUAACAGGUAUAAUCAAUGAACAAAUACAGUUUGAAGAUUUUGUGCGAUUGUACUUGAAUCAUCGCCCAGCAACUGGUAUAGUGCUUCGGGAAAUUGAAAAUGCUUUUUCGGCUAUUGCUGAUGAAUUUAGCAACAAUGAAGCAACAAUAAGUAAUGAAAAAUUCGUCAGUAUUUUGAAAGACAGGGGCGAAUCAUUCUCUCAAGAGGAGGUUGAAACUUAUUUGUCUGUUCUUGUAUCACAGCCAGAUGGGACUGAAAAACAACCACCACCUGAAAUUCUUGACGUUGUCCCAAAGGUAACUAGCACGGGUCGCAGGCAAAGGGCAUUCAUAGAACCUAUAAUGUAUGCUUUGUUGACAAUUAAAACUGGUGGGAAGCCACCGGUGUUGUCCAGCGACUCACCAUCCGGGCAAGUAAUGACAAGAGGAAGGAGCCAGCAUGUCACUGAUUGAGGCUGGGACACAAACAACAGCUGGAAGUGUGUGGAAUGGGAGGCUCAGGCCACGUGACGGGCAAACAACAAGCAAGGGAUGAGUUUGGUCCAAAUCCACAUAAAGUAACCAGGAAUGCAGCAAGUCUGCUUAAUGAAAGGUUUAUUUCCACAAGGGCUGCUGUUACCUUCAAUCCCUCGCACAGAUGUGCUGUUGCAGCCACAGGGUGCCGUGGUGAUGUGCUGAAAACAGUCCCUUAGGUGUGGAAGGAUGCUAAGAUGUUACCCAUGUUGUUGGAAUGUUUGUUAACAUGUUUUAGGGCACAUGACUGUCGUUAAAAUGGUCACAGGCAGGUAGUCAUGUUAGCUAAUGCAAUUCAGUUGGAAGUUCACAAAGGCAUACAUGUGUGGCAAUUGUCUCCGAGGACAGUGAUUCAUAGCACAUGUUCGUAAACAAAUAAAAAAAAAGCAAUUGGUCAAGAAGGAGAAAUGUCUCAGUUGUGCAGUUAUACAUAGACACUUAUAUGCACUUAUAAGUUGUGGCAGUCUAGCUAAUACUGGCAUUGCUGAAUGAAAUAGCUUUUUCAUCUUUUAUGAAUGAUAGUACACAUUAGUGCACUAUUUUACCUUAAACCGCCAAAAUAAGACAACACAGCAUUGUUGUCAAUGCACACACACUGCACAGCAGUGCAAGCGACCCAUUGCUGAGUAUUUCAGUGUACACUACCAUAAACCUUUUGUUAACCUUGAGUAUAUGAGCAACAACCUGGUGUAAGAGACAGCAUAGUUAGUGCUUCGGGAGAUUAUAUUGCUACUCAAACUGCAAAUUUAUCCAAAUAUAGGUAUGUACAGAGAUUUAAAAAAAAAGGUUACGAGUAAUUUUGUGUUAGACAUCUUCUAAAAAAUUCCAAUUAAAAAAAUUAUAACUUUAACUUGUUAAAUCAAUGGCAUAAUAUCUAAAAUAAAAUAAAA